AGAAAUAAAACAAGAAUGGGUUUUCGCUUACCUAGUAUUAGACGAUCAUCAUUUAGUGCAAGCCAAGCAUCUAUCAAGGAAACAGAAGUCCCAAAAGGCUACCUUGCGGUAUAUGUUGGAGAGGAAAUUAAGAGGUUCUUGAUUCCAGUUUCAUUCUUGAACCAACCUUCAUUUCAAGAAUUGUUGAGCCAAGCUGAAGAGGAGUUCGGUUACUGUCAUCCAAUGGGUGGCCUCACAAUUCCCUGCAAGGAAGAUGUCUUCUUACAAACAACUUCUCAAUUGAACAAAUUGUAACUAAUUCAUACUGCAAAAAAGUCGUAUGAACGAUAACAUAACACAAUAGGAUUGACUAGUUGAGACAACUUUUGUAUAUCAGGACUUUUUUUUUCUAUUUUUUAUGUUUCCUCUUAAGUGGAAAUCUGAAAUGAGAACCUUGCAAAACUAUAUUCUUGCAAA